AGUAAAUGUUUUCAUCAUGAGUUCACCUCUGUCAUCUCUGGGGAAGAACAAAAAAGCUCCACUACCAGAAGUGCAGAACCAGAGGAGAAGAAUGGUUCCUUUUAAACAGAACACCUACACAGGUGAUGAUGAUGACCCACUGUUAAGUGAAAUCCUUAACCAGAAGAUAAAAAUACCAGCAGAGUCAUCCGGCAUUAGUGUCAUGAUGAAGACUAAGACCUGUCUGCAGAAAAAUAAUAAAAAAGAGCUUGUACCCAGUGAUAUGGAGCUGCUGUCUUCAUUGAUGCAAAGACUUAAUCGGUUAGAGCAACGAGAAAAAAUCCAGGCUCAAGAGAUUAAACAAAAGGACAAACAGAUUGCAGCUCUAGAAGAGAGGCUACAGAUCAUGCAAAGAUCUCAAGAAAUGCACUUCAAGCCUAGCAGAGAAGAAGAAUUAGAGAAAAAGUGUCGUCAUCUACAAAAUCAAGUAUGGGAAAUGGAGAAAUUUCUUAAUGAUUAUGGCAUGAUCUGGGUUGGAGAAAAGCAUGACCAGGAUGGUGAACUCUAUCUGCAGGAGGAGAGAGAACCACAGAGAAAAAAUCAGUCACAUGAAAGGUUAUGGCAACCAGAUAGCUCAACAUCAGCAAAAUUCAUAGUGGAUUUCGAUUUAGUUCUAGAAAACAUAAGAGACUUAAACAUUUUAGCUGGAGAGGGAGAAGCACAUGUGGAACACAUUGAAGGUGGUGCAAGACUGAGGCAUGUAAAUCCUGUCUCUCUGACUCUCUACAGAAAUGGAAUAUUUUUGUUCAAUGGGCCAUUUCGGUCGUACACAGAGCCAUCAACUCAGCAAUUCAUUCGUGAUAUUAUGGAUGGAUACUUCCCAUCUGAACUCCAGAAGAUGUACCCUGAGGGAAUCCCAUUCCAAGUGACUGAUAACCGCAAUGUGGUAUUCAGUGAAAAAAGUUUAUGGAACAUGUUUCCAGGAGGUGGACAAACGGUUGAUGGACAGAUCAGUAACUUGGAGAAGGAUGACAGCUUUAUGUCCAUUACACAAACUAGUGAGGUUCCAGGUCCUCGGAUAUCCAUGGAGCAGUUCCUGAAUAAACUUCCAAAAGCUGUGAUCAGAGGAGGAAAAGUAAUUGAUAUACGAGGAGCUAUUAAAGGCAGUCUUCAGGGAGAAACAGGCUCAAGUGGCAGUGAUGCUGUGAUCCUAAUAGAAACUCCAGCUCUAACAGCAAUGAAGGAAAGAUUAAUGCUGGAUGAAGAAAGUCGGCCUCCAUCUUCCAAAAACAUAUCUACUCUGAGAGUAAAAUCUGAGAAUGGCGAACAAACCUACAUUGUGAAAAUGUUGUUUACUGAAACUAUUGGAGACCUUCGUAAUUAUCUUAAUAAACACAGGUAA